UAUUAAACCCCUGAUUGGUGCACUCCUUCCCCCCCACCCAUGGGACAUACCACUAUAGUUGCCAACAAGUUUUACAGGCGGGGGAGGGGGCUAAAACCUUGCCUGUAUAUUUCUUAACCCCUUAACUGCUCACCAGUCAGGGGGCAAGCUAGUUAUGCACAGCUUGCCCCUCCAGGACCUCCGGUCACUGUGUCAGCUGUCAGUCUCAGGACCUGUAUGUGCUGCUGUAACUGCAGUGUACAGGUCCUGAGUUCUGACAGGAUGACACAGUGGCUGAUCUGUAUGUGUGUCUGGACUCCACUGCCAUAGCCACUGCAGGGGAGGUGCAGCGCGUCCGGGCCUCCUUGGGAUCUUGGGGCCCUUACUGGGGUUCUGGCGUACCCCGUGGCUCUAGACUCAUUACCUCACCUACGUAAUCCGGAUAUUCUGGUGGGAGAAAAUGACCUGACGGCGCUAAGUUACCUCCAUGAACCCGCAGUUCUCCAUAACCUCAAAGUCCGCUUCUUAGAAUCCAACCACAUCUAUACAUAUUGCGGAAUUGUGCUAGUUGCCAUUAAUCCUUACGAGCAGUUGCCAAUCUACGGCGAAGAUGUCAUCUAUGCCUACAGCGGGCAAAACAUGGGCGAUAUGGACCCUCAUAUAUUUGCUGUGGCAGAAGAAGCAUAUAAGCAGAUGGCCAGAGAUGAGAAGAACCAGUCAAUCAUUGUCAGUGGAGAGUCUGGGGCUGGGAAAACUGUGUCUGCCAAGUAUGCCAUGAGGUACUUUGCCACCGUUGGGGGAUCUGCCAGUGAAACGAACGUGGAGGAUAAAGUCCUGGCAUCAAGUCCCAUUAUGGAGGCCAUUGGAAAUGCCAAAACCACCCGGAAUGACAACAGCAGCAGGUUCGGGAAAUACAUCCAGAUAGGAUUUGACAAGAGAUAUCACAUUAUUGGUGCUAAUAUGAGAACCUACCUGCUCGAGAAGUCACGUGUUGUGUUCCAGGCGGAGGAAGAGAGGAACUACCACAUCUUUUACCAGCUCUGCGCUUCCUCUGGUUUGCCCGAAUUCGCCGACUUUUCACUAUCACAAGCGGAGGAUUUUUUUUACACCUCGCAGGGAGGUGACACGGUCAUUGAUGGGGUGGAUGACGCGGACGACUUUGAGAAGACCAGACAGGCGUUUACACUUCUGGGAGUCAAGGAGUCGCACCAGAUGAGCAUAUUUAGGAUAAUAGCUUCCAUUCUGCACUUGGGGAACAUAGAGGUCAUCUCAGAGCGGGACGGGGAUUCCAGCAGCUUGUCGAAGGGAGACCCACAUCUUAACCACUUCUGCACGUUGCUCGGGGUGGAGCACGACCAGAUGGAGCAUUGGCUGUGCCACCGGAAACUGGUCACCACGUCGGAAACUUACGUGAAAACCAUGUCUGUGCAGCAAGCCAUCAACGCCAGGAAUGCGCUGGCCAAGCACAUCUACGCUCAGCUAUUCAACUGGAUAGUGCAACAUGUGAACAAGGCUCUAUACACCACCAGCAAGCAACACUCAUUUAUCGGUGUGCUGGAUAUAUACGGGUUUGAAACAUUCGAGAUAAACAGCUUUGAACAAUUCUGCAUCAACUACGCCAAUGAGAAACUACAGCAGCAGUUCAACUCGCAUGUGUUCAAACUGGAGCAAGAAGAAUACAUGAAAGAACAGAUCCCAUGGACCCUCAUUGAUUUCUAUGAUAAUCAACCCUGCAUCGACCUGAUUGAGGCCAAACUUGGAAUCCUGGAUCUCCUGGAUGAGGAGUGUAAGGUCCCCAAAGGCACGGACCAGAACUGGGCUCAGAAGCUGUAUGACCGGCAUGGCAGCAGUCAGCACUUUAAGAAGCCUCGGAUGUCUAAUGUCUCUUUUAUUGUCGUUCACUUUGCUGACAAGGUGGAAUACCAGUGUGAUGGAUUCUUGGAGAAAAAUCGGGAUACAGUGUAUGAAGAGCAGAUUAAUAUCCUGAAGGCCAGUAAGUAUCAGCUGGUCGCAGAUCUUUUCCAUGAUGACAAAGAUCCCGUCCCUCCAACUUCAGGUGGAAAAUCUAAAGUUAACGUCAGACCAGCAAAACCAGCCAUGAAAAGUGCCAACAAAGAGCACAAGAAAACUGUCGGACAUCAGUUCCGCAACUCUCUGCAGUUGCUAAUGGAGACUUUAAAUGCGACAACUCCUCAUUACGUGCGCUGCAUUAAACCCAAUGACGAUAAGAUGCCAUUCAGCUUUGAUCCAAAGAGAGCCGUGCAGCAGCUGAGGGCUUGUGGUGUCCUGGAGACAAUCCGAAUCAGUGCCGCAGGCUAUCCAUCCAGGUGGACCUACCAUGACUUCUUCAACAGAUAUCGCAUAUUGAUGGAUAAGAAGCAUCUUUCUCAACCUGAUAAGAAAAUCACCUGCAGAAACCUGCUGGAGAAUCUUAUAAAGGAUCCAGACAAGUUCCAGUUUGGGCGGACCAAGAUCUUUUUCCGUGCUGGGCAAGUGGCUUAUCUAGAGAAACUUCGUGCUGAUAAGUUCCGAGCUGCCACCAUCAUGAUUCAGAAGACAGUACGUGGCUGGUUACAGAGGCUGAAGUAUAAGAGGAUGAGAGCUGCCGCCAUCACCAUCCAGAGGUGGACACGGGGGUACCUUGCCCGCAGGUGGGCCGACCAUCUCCGCAAAACUAAAGCAGCCAUCUGCUUCCAGAAGCAGUACCGAAUGAUCCGCGUGUAUCGUGUCUACCAGAUGGUCCGAAGAGCGGCCAUCACUAUCCAGGCCUACACCCGGGGCAUGUUCGAUAGGAGAGUUUAUCGAGAGCUCUUGCUUCAGCACAAAGCUAAAAUCAUCCAAAAGCAUCUGAAAGGAUGGGUCGCCCGCAAGAAUUUCAUCAAGUUCCGCAGUGCCGCCAUUGUUAUCCAGUGCUACUUCCGCAGGAUGAUGGCGCGACGCGAGCUCAAACAGCUAAAGAUCGAGGCUAGGACGGCAGAGCACUUCAAGAAGCUGAGCGUGGGGAUGGAGAACAAGGUGGUGCAGCUGCAGAGGAAGAUUGAUGAACAGAACAAAGAGCACAAAGACCUGAAGGAACAACUUGCUGCCGUAACGGUGGCGCGCACAACAGAAGUGGAGAAGCUGCAGAAGGAGCUGGAGCGGCAGCGACAGAACCAGCAAGACGAGAACCAGCUGAGCAGCCUACAGGAGGAAAUCGAAUCGCUCAGAGAAGAACUCGCCAAGAGCAGGGACGAGAGGAAGAUCACCGAGGACUUGUAUGCCAACGAGAAGAAGCAGCUGCAACAGAGGAUCGCUGAGCUAGAAGUGGAAAACGCUCAUUUAAAAGAAGAUAAAGAAGAACUCAACAAAAGAAUCCUCCUCCGCUCUGAAGAUGAGUCUACCCAGAGUGCACUCAAGGAAAACCAGGAACACCAGAAGGACCUGGAAGAAGAGAGAGCUCGCUACCAGAACCUAGUGAAGGAAUACACCCGGCUGGAGCAGAGAUAUGACAACCUGCAGGAGGAGGUCACUCUCAUCAAGCAAUCACCAGGACAUCGCAGGAACCCAUCAAACCAAAGCAGCCUGGAAUCUGAUUCCAACUACCCCUCAAUAUCCACCUCUGAAAUUGGGGACACAGAAGAUACCAUUAUGGAGGUGGAGGAAGUGGGGCUGGAAAAGGCUGCGAUGGACAUGACUCUGUUCCUGAAGCUGCAGAAGAGGGUGAGAGAGCUCGAGGGGGAGAGGAAGAAGCUGCAGAACCAACUGGACAAGAAAGAGCAACAAGAAAAUAAAAAGUCUCAGGUAAUUGAGACAGCGAACGACACAGACCGUGACACAGACAUCGCCUACAACAACCUGAAGAGACAAGAACUGGAGUCUGAAAACAAGAAGCUGAAGAACGAGUUGAAUGAACUUAGAAAAGCCAUUGCUGAUUCAGCAGGAGAUGCAGACUCCAACGAAGAGUCCGGUGGUUACACCCUCCUCCUGAACCAGCUGAAGUCUGCCAUCGAGGAGCUGGAGGUGCGGAAGGAAGAGGUUCUUAUCCUGAGGACACAGAUCGUGAACUCUGCCCAGCAGAAAGAUGCCGACAAGAACAAGGAAUCAGAAGCAAACUGGACUAACAGCAACAAAGAGAUGGACCAAGAUGAUGCCAUUGAGGCAUACCACGGCGUCUGCGAGACAAAUAGAAAGACUGAGGACUGGGGGUAUCUAAAUGAAGACGGUGAGCUGGGCCUGGCUUAUCAAGGCUUAAAGCAAGUUGCCAGACUCCUGGAGGCCCAGCUACAGGCGCAGAGCCAGCAGCACGACGAUGAGGUGGAGGCGCUGACCGAUCAGAUCGAAGUGCUGAAAGAAGAAAUGGAGAAACAGCAGCAAGUUCUGCUCCAGGCCAUGCAGUUGUCCCCGGAGGCGCAGGUGGAGUUGGGACUACAGCAUGAGAUCACACGGCUCACAAAUGAGAAUCUGGACCUGAAGGAAUUGCUGGAGAAGUCGGAAAAGAACGAGAAGAAACUGAAAAAACAACUAAAGCUUUAUCUGAAGAAGGUUCAAGAAUCUGAAGGAGCGGUAGACAUCAUUCAGCCGGAGAGGAGGCAGUCUCAACUAAACAGACAGGUGACAGUGCAACGCAUCGAAAAGGAUUUCCAGGGAAUGUUGGAGUAUUACAGAGAGGAUGAGCCUCUUCUCGUCAGGAACCUCAUUAUAGAUCUGAAGCCACAAUCGAUAUCUACCAGUGUGCCGUGCCUGCCUGCAUACAUCCUCUUUAUGUGUAUCAGACACGCAGACUACGUCAACGAUGACCAGAAGGUUCACUCCCUCCUCACAUCCACCAUCAAUGGCAUAAAGAAGGUGCUGAAGAAACACAAUGAUGAUUUCCAAAUGACGUCUUUCUGGCUGUCAAACUCCAGCCGGAUUCUCCAUUGUCUGAAGCAAUACAGCGGGGAUGAGGGUUUUCUGACGAGCAACUCUGUCAAGCAGAACGAGCAUUGCCUCCGCAACUUCGACCUCACAGAGUAUCGCCAGGUCCUCAGUGAUUUAUCCAUCCAGAUAUACCAGCAGCUCAUAAAGAUUGCUGAAAGCCUAUUGCAGCCAAUGAUAGUUUCGGCCAUGCUGGAAAAUGAAAGCAUCCAGGGCUUAUCAGGGGUGAAGCCGACUGGUUAUCGGAAGAGGUCGUCCAGCAUGGUGGACGGAGGCGACAACUCGUACAGCCUGGAAGCCGUGAUUCGUCAGCUGAACUUAUUCAACAGCAUCAUGUGUGAGCACGGCCUGGACCCGGAGAUCAUACAGCAGGUCUUCAAACAGCUCUUCUACAUGAUUAAUGCAGUGGCCCUGAACAACCUCCUGCUGAGGAAGGACGUCUGCUCCUGGAGCACUGGCAUGCAGCUCAGGUAUAACAUCAGUCAGCUGGAGGAGUGGCUUCGGGGGAAGAACCUGCACAACAGCGGAGCCGCACAGACCAUGGAGCCGCUGAUCCAGGCAGCACAGCUUCUGCAGCUGAAAAAGAAAACCCAGGAGGAUGCGGAGGCCAUAUGUUCCCUGUGCAAUGUUCUUACCACACAGCAGAUAGUAAAGAUCCUGAACUUGUACACGCCAGUCAAUGAGUUUGAGGAACGUGUGACGGUCGCUUUUAUCAGGAGUAUUCAGGCUCAGUUACAGGACCGAAAAGACCCUCCCCAGUUGCUGCUAGACUCCAAGUACAUGUUCCCAGUUUUAUUCCCCUUUAACCCGUCAUCAAUCACCUUGGACUCUGUUCAUAUACCCGACUCCCUCAGACUCGACUUCCUCAACAAAGUUUGAAAAAAAAAGACUAUUUUAAAUUUUUUUAUGAAAAAAUAUUAUCCAGGAAAAGAUAUAUAUAUAAACAUAUAGAUAUGUAAAAUCUGAGGACCAAGAUGCCACAUGCUAAGGAAAAAAUAGUCUGAUUCUCCACAGAAGCUGAUUUUAUUUUAUUCUUUUGCAAUGAAAAAUUUGAUUAUUUUUUAAAGGAAAAAAAAAUCCUGUAAAAACAGUAAAAAAAAAAAAAAAAUGUUUACAUCCCGAUGUGAUUCUCCUAAAGUAACGGAGGCAAAGAAGAAGCUGUUGUUUUAUAAGGAACCUCUGGCGUCUGCGUCUUGUUUUACUAUGUAGAAUCAGAGACUAUAUAAGCGGACGGCUCACAUGAAUUUUAAUGUCAGGCUGUAACAUGAACAUAUUAUUUAUCGGAUGCAGGACAGUAUUUUCGGUGGCACACAGGUAGACUUAAAUUAUAUUGGUUUUGCUGUAAAUAUACAUAAGAGAUUUAAGGCAAUGUUAGUUUAUCAUUUGGCACACAUCACGGUGAUAUCACAAUAUGCUAUCUGUGGUUUUACAUAGGACUGCAAGUAAUCCUACUGCAUCUUAAAGCUGUUGUCCAUAUACCCCAUUAGGUAGGUUAAUAUAGGGGGUCCUGUGACCAGAUUGUAAAGCGGCUACAAAGAGUGUCUUUGGAGGACCUGUCCUGUCCUAUGUUAAACAGACAAACUUUUUUAUAUAUAUAUAUUGAGAGUGUGCUCUCAAUUCACCCAAGUGCAAGUAAAAAGUGCAAGUGUUCACACAAAAAAAGCAUGCACAAAGGAUGCGGUCUAUCACAAGCCUUUCUCCGAAAGGAGAGAGGCCCCCCAACAAACCUUACCCUUCGCCUCCGGACAAAAAGGUGCCUGCGAGGUUCCAGGUUCGAUGUCCCUUUUCGCCGAAGCUACUAAGGGACCACAAAUGCUCCUGGCCUUUUACUUGAAUAGACAUUGUGUAAUAUUUAGUUUCACCUGUGGUGGCGCUACUGGUGUGCCAAACUUCUGCUGCCUAGGAAGUAGCUGGGUGGAGCAGGAAGUAGCUGGGUGGGACAGGAAGUUGCUGGGUGGGACAGGAAGUUGCUGGGUGGGACAGGAAGUAGCUGGGUGGGACAGGAAGUAGCUGUCUGACAACUAUCAUUGCCAACUAUAUUAGUUUUUAUGGGGCGGCUUUUUAUGCCACCUUAAGCACCCCCCCCCCCCCCCCACCUUCCCUCUAUCACUUUUCUUGUAGUUUGUAGUAGUUCAAGAACCCUUGGUUGUACUUGAUGGACAUGAGUCUUUUUUCAGCCGUACUAUGUAACCCUCUUCCAUCCUCAUCACUGCGCACACACGCUGGAAUCAAUCUUUGCCUUUGGUCCUUGACCAUGAGUUUUUUUGACCAUGAAAGAUUUGUCAGAGAGAGACCAAAGCCUGAAAGGAUUUUAUUUUUAUCUGAAGAGUUAAGUAACAAGGAACGCACACUAAACGCCUACUAUAAUAUAGAAUAUAUCAUUGGUCGUGCGCAGCCAUAGAUGGGUAGACUUCCUACAACACUAGCAGUCAGUGAUAUCAUAUCAGCGUAUUGGAAAAGCCUUAUGUGUUUAUUACUAGACUUAUCAACCCUCUUAUUUGUCUCCAGCUAGAAAUGGAAGACCCUGUAUUGGUUGGAGACUGAAUCACUAAAAUAGCUAUAUCCCCCCAUACUUUAUACCAUAUUCUAUUUUCCUUGUUUCCUUGGAUCCAUGGAAGAAGCAUCCCUAGUAGUCUAGUGUGUUUGUCUUGCGAUCCCUGGUGAUCUAGAUCAGGGGCUACAGUAAUGAUCCCUGCUGGUCUAGAUCAGAAGGCUACAGUAAUGAUCCCUGGUGGUCUAGAUUGGGGGGGGGGGGGCUUCAGUAAUGAUCCCUGAUGGUCUUGAUCAGGGGCUACAGUAAUGAACUCUGCUGGUCUAGAUCAGAAGGCUACAGUAAUGAUCCCUGGUGGUCUAGAUUGAGGGAGCUUCAGUAAUGAUCCCUGAUGGUCUAGAUCGGGGGAGCUUCAGUAAUGAUCCCUGAUGGUCUUGAUCAGGGGCUACACCAAUGAUCCCUGGUGGUCUAGAUUGGGGGGGGCUUCAGUAAUGUUUCCUGAUGGUCUUGAUCAGGGGCU